AUGAUUCCAGUCAUCGAUUCUCACAUCCAUUUAUUCCCAGCUUCUGAAACCAAUUCUCUUUCUUGGUAUGCAAGCGAUCACCCUCUCGCUGGUCAACACUCUGUCGAAGAAUACCGCGAGGCAACAACGCCGGAGCCCUCUUUGGCGGGAUUUAUCUUCGUCGAAACGGACCGGAAGAAUGAUCUGAAAUCCGGGGAACUUGAUGGCUCAGGCUGGAGAGGACCUUUCACUGAACUAGCGUGGAUCAAGCGCAUCGCCCUAGGACAACCGCGCCCUGGGGAAGGACAUAGUACCGAGGAUCGAGAACUAUGCCUGGGAAUCGUGCUUUGGGCACCCCUUCCCAGCACCGCGGAUGCUAUGAGACUGUACCUCCUCAGGGUCGAAGAAGCUGCCGGAUUGGCCUGGCCAAAGGUAAAGGGGUACCGAUAUCUGUUGCAAGAUGAGCCACACGGAACUAUGCUCCAGGAUAACUUCAUUGAGAAUACAAAGCUUCUUGGCCGCCGUGGCUCUACAUUCGACGUGUGUAUUGAUUUGCACCGGCGAGGCGAACGGCAGAUACAAGACCUUGUCGCGUUUGCAAGAUUAACGCGAGACAAGGUCCCUGAGAAUGAGAAGGUGGUCCUAGUCCUAGAUCAUAUCUGCAAGCCUGAUAUGAGCGCUUCGGAUCCUGUCUCGGAUGUUUCUUUCAUGACCUGGCGUGCUGCAAUGUACGAGCUGGGCCAAGAGGAGCGCACUUAUAUCAAGCUCUCUGGUGGCUUUGCAGAGAUGGGGGACGCGAUUGACGGUCUUUCCUCAAACGACAUCUGCAAGGUGCUGGAGAAAUGGUUCAGAGUGAUACUGGACUCUUUUGGACCGAGGCGGAUUAUGUUUGGCAGUGAUUGGCCAGUCUGUACUAUCAAUAUGUCGAAUGCGUGGUCGCGCUGGCAUGAUGUGACUGUCCAGUUAUGUCAAGAGUCAGGCUUAACCCCAGAAGAGCAGGGUAUGAUUUUCUCUGGAACUGCCAGGCAGGCAUACAACUUAUAG